AUGGCUACCAAUGGGUUCUCUCCAUCAAAGUUUCCGUCCAAUUUCACGCAGCUGAAGAAACUGAAGAAAUUGUGGCUUUCUGCCUCGAAUUUGAUUGGAGAGGUUCCAGAAAAGAUUGGAGAAAUGGUGGCACUGGAGCACUUGGAUUUAUCAAUGAAUAAUUUAACUGGGCACAUCCCAAGCGGUUUGUUCAUAUUGAAGAAUUUGAAGGUGCUGUAUCUUUACAAGAACAUGCUAUCUGGGGAGAUCCCUCAGGUUGUUGAAGCUUUGAGCUUGACUGUCAUCGAUCUUUCAUGGAACAAUUUGACUGGGACAAUACCAGUUGAUUUUGGGAAGCUUGGCAAAUUAUCAGGUUUGAGUUUGUCCUUCAAUCAGUUAUCUGGUGGAAUCCCAGAAAGCAUUGGCCGUCUUCCCGCAUUGAAAGAUUUUGCCUUGUUUAGCAACAAUUUGUCAGGUGCACUCCCUCCAGAUCUUGGGCGAUACUCAGCUCUUGAAAGCUUCCAGGUUUCUUCCAAUAAAUUUGUAGGGAACCUACCUGAAUAUAUAUGCCAUGGAGGUACGUUAAUAGGAGUGAUAGCUUUUGAUAAUAAGUUCAGUGGAGAAUUGCCAAAAUCACUGGAGAAUUGCAGCAGUCUGAUAAUAGUUAGAAUUUCAAAUAACGCAUUUUUUGGCAAUAUUCCUGUUGGUUUAUGGACUUCUUUUAAUUUGCAACAAUUGUUGAUUAGUGAUAAUUCGUUCACUGGUGAGCUUCCUAAUGAAGUGUCAUAUAAUCUUUCACGGCUCGAGAUAAGUAACAACAGGCUCUCUGGUACUAUUCCCAUUCAAGGGAAUUCUUGGAGGAAUCUGGUAGUUUUUAAUGCGAGCCAUAACCUAUUUACUGGCACAAUCCCUCAAGAAUUGACUGCUCUUCCUAGUCUGACGACUCUUUUGCUUGAUAAGAACCAGCUCACUGGAGCCCUUCCGUCCAACAUCAUCUCAUGGAAAUCAUUAACUACUCUAAACCUCAGUCAAAAUCACCUUUCUGGACAGAUUUCAGAGGAGAUUGGUUUCCUACCUCGCCUCCUCGAACUGGACUUGUCAGAUAAUCAAUUUUCUGGCCGAAUUCCACCUCAGCUUGGCUUGCUGAGGGUUACUUUUCUCAAUCUCUCUUCCAAUCAUCUCAUGGGGCAAAUCCCGAUUGAGUAUGAAAAUGCAGCUUAUUCCAGUAGCUUCUUGAACAAUCCUGGUCUUUGUGCAAGUAGGUCAUCCCUAUACCUUAAGGUUUGCAAUUCCAGACCCCAAAAGUCAAGCAAAACUUCAACCCAAUUCCUAGCCUUGAUGUUAAGUACUUUGAUAGCAGCCUUUCUGUUUGCCAUGUUAUUUGCUUAUGUCCUGAUCAGAGUUCACCGGAAGAGAAACCAUAGAUUGCAUUCAGAAUGGAAGUUGAUCAACUUCCAUAGGUUGGAUUUUACUGAAUCAAACAUAUUGUCGGGAUUGACAGAAAGCAACCUGAUAGGAAGUGGUGGAUCAGGAAAAGUAUAUCGCGUUGCUGCAAAUGGCUCCAGUGUUGUUGCCGUGAAAAGAAUCUGGAAUAACAAAAACUUAGACCGGAAACUUGAAAAGUCAUUCCUUGCAGAAGUUGAGAUACUGAGUACAAUAAGGCAUUUGAACAUUGUGAAGUUGCUUGGUUGUAUUUUCAAUGACAAUUCAAAACUUCUUGUCUAUGAGUAUCUGGAGAAUCAUAGUCUCGAUCGAUGGCUGCAUACAGCAAAGCAAUCAAAAAGUGCAUCAGCAUUGGUCAAUCAUGUUGUUUUGGACUGGCCUAAGAGGCUGCAGAUCGCAGUGGGAGCUGCUCAAGGUCUGUGCUACAUGCAUCAUGACUGCUCUCCCCCAAUAGUUCACCGAGAUGUCAAAUCAAGCAAUAUCUUGUUGGAUUCGGAGUUUAAUGCAAAAAUUGCUGAUUUUGGUUUAGCGAAGAUGCUGAUUAAGCAGGAAGAACUUGCUACUGUGUCAGCUGUUGCUGGUUCUUUUGGUUACAUAGCUCCAGAGUAUGCUCAAACAGUUAGAGUGAAUGAGAAGACUGAUGUCUAUAGCUUUGGAGCUGUCCUUCUAGAACUAACGACGGGAAAAGCAGCAAAUUAUGGUGAUGAGCAUACAUGCCUUGCCACAUGGGCAUUGCGUCACCUGCAAGAAGGAAAACCUAUAGUCAAUGCUUUAGAUGAGGAGAUAAAGGAACCUUGUUACUUGGUUGAAAUGAGCACUGUUUUCAAAUUGGGAGUUGUCUGUACCAGCAUAUUGCCUUCUUCUAGGCCUAAUAUGAAAGAGGUUCUGCAAGUCUUACUCGGAAGUAGCCACCCAUCAGUCUAUCGGACGAAGAACAUUCGAAGUGAGUAUGAUUGCACUCCAUUGCUUAAGAGCUCAAAACACGAGAGGUCAUCCGAAAGUAACAGCAGUUUAGCAUCCGAUCUCUGUUGA